UUUUUUAAUUUUUUUGCUUCUUUAGUUAAAAGAUGUCCAAAAAUCCUCCUUCUGUUGCCACCAACAACAAUCACGUUGAGGAUGACGAUGUUGACAAUGUCAAAAAAGUGCCCAAAGAAGAUGCUCAAGCUGAUAAACAGGCUGCUGCAGAUUUGGAAAAGGUCACCGACUUCCACGAAGAUAGAGAAGCUGUCAGUGAGAUUUCUAGAGAGUCUUUGGGAAAUUUGAAGAUGGCACAACCUGAGCAGAAAAAUUUUACUAUUAAGAGGGACGAUAUUCAACUUAUUAUGCAAGAAUUGGAAGUCCCCAGAAUUGUUGCCGAAGCAAAAUUGAUUCAAUAUGAGGGGGAUUUGAGAGCGGCAAUUUUGGAUUUGAUUGAUUGCAAUUCUUUGUUGAAAUAGGAAGAAGUAUAUAUUUUUUUGAUUUAAAGGUAUUAUUUUUAGUGUUAUUUUUGCAUUAGAUUAAGUCACAGUCAAAAAAUGCCUGGGCCUAGACUCUGGGUACAGGAAAACCCAGGUCUUUGUCCAGACCCAGGCCGAUCUCAAAAAAUGCCUGGGCCUAGACUCUGGGUCUCAAAAAAAGUCACACUACACAUAGAGGCGUAUAAUUUUAUUUUAUUUGAGGGGGAAGGGUAUUUUAGAUUAAUAGAAUCUUUGAGCUUUUUGAAGGGUAAUG